UCCGCCCCGGCCUGCCCCCCGGGCCGCCGCCGCCGCCGGGCCCCGCUCCUGCCCGCCAUGAUCCCCUACUUCUCCGACGACGCCGUCAUCUCGCAGAACGCCAUCAACCAGCUCAUCAGCGAAAGCUUCCUCACGGUCAAAGGAGCGGCCCUCUUCCUGCCACGGGGAAAUGGCUCGUCGACACCCCGGAUCAGCCACCGGCGCAACAAGCAUGCAGGGGACCUCCAGCAGCACCUGCAAGCCAUGUUCGUUCUCCUCCGCCCGGAAGACAACAUCCGACUGGCCGUAAGACUGGAAAGCAGCUGCCAGAACCGCACUCGGUACAUGGUGGUGGUCUCGACAAACGGCCGGCAGGACACGGAGGAGAGCAUCGUGCUCGGCAUGGACUUCUCCUCCAACGACAGCAGCAUCUGCACGAUGGGACUCGUCCUGCCGCUCUGGAGCGACGCCCUCAUCCAUCUGGACGGCGAUGGGGGCUUCAGCGUCUCGACCGACAACCGCAUCCACAUAUUCAAGCCCGUGUCUGUGCAGGCCAUGUGGUCCGCCCUGCAGAGCCUCCACAAGGCGUGCGAGGUGGCUCGGAUCCACAACUACUACCCCAGCAGCCUCUUCCUCACCUGGGUCAGCUACUACGAGAGCCACAUCAACUCGGACCAGGCCUCGGUCAACGAAUGGAACGCCAUGCAAGAUGUCCAGUCCCACCGGCCGGACUCGCCUGCCCUCUUCACCGACGUCCCCACGGAACGCGAGCGCACGGAGCGGCUGAUCAAGACCAAGCUGCGGGAGAUCAUGAUGCAGAAGGACCUGGAGAAUAUCACCUCCAAGGAAAUCCGGACAGAGCUGGAGGUGCAGAUGGCUUGCAGCCUGCGGGAGUUCAAGGAGUUCAUCGACAACAAGAUGAUCGUCAUCCUGGGCCAGAUGGACAGCCCCACCCAGAUCUUCGACCACGUCUUCCUGGGCUCGGAGUGGAACGCCUCCAACCUGGAAGACCUGCAGAACCGCGGAGUGCGGUACAUUCUGAACGUCACCCGAGAGAUCGACAACUUCUUCCCAGGGACGUUCGAAUACCACAACAUCCGGGUGUAUGACGAGGAGGCGACGGACCUGCUGGCUUACUGGAACGACACCUACAAGUUCAUCUCCAAAGCAAAGAAGAACGGCUCCAAGUGCCUGGUGCACUGCAAGAUGGGCGUCAGCCGCUCGGCCUCCACGGUGAUCGCGUACGCCAUGAAGGAGUACGGCUGGACCCUGGACCGGGCCUACGACUACGUCAAGCAGCGCCGCAGCGUCGCCAAGCCCAACCCCAGCUUCAUGCGCCAGCUGGAGGAGUACCAGGGCAUCCUGCUCGCCAGCAAGCAGCGCCACAACAAGCUCUGGCGGUCGCACUCGGACAGCGACCUCUCGGACCACCACGAGCCCCUGGGCCAGUCCGGCAUGGAGGUCAGCCGCAAGGAGAUCACCACCUCGGCCGACCGGAUCUCGGAGAACAAGCCUUCCCUCGGCCACCACCCGCCCGUGUCGCCCGGGCCCCCAGCUGGGGGGCCCCCGGAGCCCCUCUGCCGCCCGGGCCCCGACCCCGACCCCUGCGCCAGGGGGCGGGCGAGCCCGGCCGACGGGGCCCCGCAGGGCCUCUGCCCCGAGCAGGAGGAGGACCGGCUGAACCUGAACAGCCUCGACGGGUGCUGCCCGGCGGGCGCGGCGUGUCGGCUCGACAACCGCCCCCCCGUGGGGGCCCUGCUGCACCGGCCGGCGGCGGGGGGCUUCCCGGAGCUGGCCGUGCAGGAUGUGGAGGACGACGCGCUCCGGCCAGGCGACAGCGGCGUCGGCGUCCGCCUGCUGCCCCUGGAGGAGCUGCAGCCUGCGCCGCGGGGCGCCCCCGGCCGGCGGUCCCCCAGCCCGCCGCCCCCCGGGGAGGCCGAGCCCGGCACCGACCGGAUCGACUUCUUCAGCGCCCUGGGCAAGUUCGUGGAGCUUUCGCAGGAGGGCGGCUCCCGCGGCUGCGCCCACGCCCGGUCGGAGAGCCAGGGGGGCGGGCGGAACGGGCCGCCCAAGGGGCCCCCGCUGGAGCUGUCGCCCGCCGAGCCCCCCGAGGAGGGCCCGCCCAGCACCUCCGCCAGCAGCUCCCCGCAGGCCUCGGAGGGGUCCUCCCCGGAGGAGGAGCAGCUGAAGGUCUCCGAACUGACCCAUUCGAGUGGCCUGACCCGCUCCCACUCGGAAAACGCCCUCUCGGUGAAAGAAAUCGUCACGGAGAUCGAAUCGAUCCACCAGGGAGGGGGGCCGGGGCAGGCGAAGAUGGACGGCCUCGGCAACUCGGUGCCGACGCCGAAGAGGACGGCCCUCCACGACCUUUCUGGGGAGGCCACCCCGACCCGGGAGAAUAAGUCUGGAAAAGCCGAGCAGGGAGAAGGCGCUGGCCCGGCCCCAGAGGAGGCAGCCCAGGAGGCAGGCUCGGAUCCGGAGGGCGCGUGGGCCGCCCCGGCGCCCCCCUGCAAGCCAGCGGUGGAGGAGGCCACCGAUUUGGGCGAAGACCCGGCGGAGGGCUGCCGGAACCCCGGGCCAAAGUGGUGCCCGGGCUCCGUCCGGCGGGCCACCCUGGAGUUCGAGGAGCGCCUGCGGCAGGAGCACGAGCUGCAGUACGCCGUCCCCGCGGCGGCCUUGCCCCUGCGCAAGAGCCCCCGGAACGAGGCCGAGCCGCCCGCGAAGGGCCGGGCCAAGGAGGCCCCCCGGGAGCCGCCCGGCGGCUGGGAGGCCGAGCCGGGCCCCAGGCCGCCCCCGGCCUCGCCGCCCGCCUCGCCGCUCUCCCUCCCGCUGGCCGGGCCCGAGGAGGAGGAGGCCACGGAGCACCGCACGGUCGUGUCGCUGGACAGCCAGGAGAGGGUCUCCGCCCCGUGCCGCCUCCUGCUCCCCAGGCGCAUCGAGAUCAUCGAGUACACGCCUGUGGCCCGGUUGCCCGGGGCGGUGGAGAGGGCCGGCCGGCCGGCAGCCGGGCUCCGUGUGGACGAGAAUUGCAACGCACCUUUGUGCCCCGAGAGCCCCGAGGGGACGUUGGCGCCGGACGGCGGGAGCUCUGAGAGAGCGGCCUUCUCUUUGGGCAGCCCUGAGGAGGAGGAGGAGGAGGAGGAGGAGGCAGCGGCGGAGGCGGCUGGGGCCGUGGCCCAUCCCGCCAUCUCCCCUCCCGCAGGCCGGCCGUGGUGUGGGGCACUGCUGCACCCAGACCGCCUGCGCCUUGUGUGCCUGGAGGGGGUCACGCGGGACGCGACGUGCACGGACCCGGAGCCCCCCCCUCGGGCGGGUUCCGCCGGCCACAGGCAGCUUGCCCUGGACCUCCGCCGGAAGAGCGAGGGUGCCCUGCCCGCCUGGAGCCCGGGGGCCUUGGACGGGCCGGCCGAGCGGGGCCUGGGCCGCCCUCCGCUUCGCCGCGGCCUGCUCCAGAGGUCCGGCAGCGACAGCCUCCGAGAGGUGCGGAGGGGGGGCGGCCUGGUGAAGCAGCGUGCGGAGGAGCUGGAGGCCCGGAUCCGCCAGGCGGGGCUCACCACGCCUUCCCUGAUGAAGCGCUCGGCGUCCCUGGCCAAGCUGGACCGCCUGGACCUGUCGAAGGACGACUUGGCCCGCCCCGCACACGGGCCUGUGCCCGGUCCCCACGAGCCCGGCUGGGGGUGCCCGGCUGCCCCGGGCCCUGCCCUCCCGGCGCCCGCCUCGCGGGGGGCGCCACGGCCCACGGCCCACCUGGUGGAGCCGCUCAGGCUGACCGAGUGCCUGGCCCUGAGCCGGCCCGUGGAGCGGCCGCCGGCGCAGUAUGCCAAAGAGCUCAACCCCGGCCGGCCGCUCGCGGGGGCGAAAUUGACUAACUCCCACGCCGGGGGGCCACUCGGGCUGGCGCUGCCCGGCCCGGCCCAGCGCCCGGCUGUCCUCCCUCGGCAUCAGCACGCUAGAACUCGACCGCCCAGAAGACUGAAAAAGGCAACCGACCGGAGACGCUCGUCCAACCCUCUGUACAACACGAUGUGAGCCGGCGCCCGCCUUCCCCGGCUCCCGCGAAGGACUGGCCGUCUUUCCGCAGCCUUGUCGGGUUUUUCAAAUGGGACAGAUGUAAUAUAUAUUGAAACAUGCACUUUAUUCGUUAGUUUUUUUACAUGUUUGUUAUUUUUACUGUUUCUGUUGCAUGUAGGUUUUGAGGUGGCUGAUCUCACGGUCUCUCCCCCAGCCCCCCCGGUGCGCCUGAGUGCAAGAUCGCAACGUGUGCGUGGGGUUUUGUUAAUUUCAUAUUAAAAAAGAAAAUAUUUUUAACGCUAGCAAAUCUCCGCUUUCUGUUUGGCUUUGUCUUAAAAGAACACCCCUUCUUGAAAAGCCGAAAGAGCAAGUGGUUCCAAAUUUCUGGUUUUUUUUUUCUUCUUAAUUCGCCUAGCUGGUCUCCUUGCCGAGACUCGUUUGCGCUGCUCUCCCUUAACCUACCUAGGGUGCAAGUUGAGGGUCUCAAGGCAGCCCCCCCCCACCCCCGGGCUGAGGAGCAGAAUCGUGAAGUGCCUCUCAGCGUGCCUGUAGGAGCGGCGGGUCGCCCGCAGACGUGCCAAAUUUACUCCCCCAACACAGCAACAUUGGCCUCCAAAAUUUCCCAAAGUCGGGAACGAUGCCAAGAAUGCCCAGCGGUGCAGGCAGCCUCUUCCAAGCCGAUUCCCUCCAGAUGUUUUGGACUACAACUCCCAGCAUGCUGCACCAGGUUGGGGAGAGCAGAGUCUGUUCCCAGAUUCGCUGGGCAGACAGAUGCCUGUGCUCCCAAAGCCUUAAUUCUUCUGGAGUUCAGUCCUGGACUGACUCGCCUCCUUUGCGGUUGCACCAAAAAGAUUUUGACCUGGGCGAGAAACAGAUGCUUAAAAUGCAGCUUGGGGGAGAAAUAUCACAUGCAGGGAAGAGGGGUUUUUGGAUGGAGGGUGUUCUCUUAAAACAAACUUCCUCCCCCCCCCCUUUUAUUAUAGGGUUUUCGCCCCUUCAUUACUUGAAUAAAGCUGUGGGCCUUCCGAAGAAUAUGGCCGUAUCUCGUUUCCUUUUUGUUGAUUCUGGAAGCCGCCCGUGCCCACCAGGACGAUCUCGCCCACCCUGCCAAGUAUUCAGAUCUUCCCCUCCUGUUCCUCAGCCCAUUCUUGUCUCCCCCGGGAUCAUCUGUGUCGCUCCCUGCCACCCCCCAGGCAUGGGGGACACGCACCUGUAUUUCUGCCGCGUUGUAUUUCUGCAGAUGGUUCUUCGGGGCAGGAGCCAUCCUGCUCUCUCAACUCCAAUCUGUUCUAGAGGAAAGGGACCACUCUGCACCUCUUCUCUGACCUGGAAAAAGGGGCUCGCCCUUAAUUUCAUUCUCCACGGCAGGCCGCAUAUCCGUUCUGGAGGGGGCCUAACGGGUCUCACAGGCCGAUUUCUUUCCCCAGAACUCAGUUUAAAGGUGAGGUCUGCGGUCGGCCUUGUGCCAAAUCUCUGGCGUCUGGUCUUUUCCUCUCUUCCUGUAGCUCCGUUGCCAGCCCUUCACCAGCCCUGUGCCUGCCGGUUGUGUCAAACAUCAGCUGUGGAUGAUGGCAGGUGUAGUCUGUCGCAUCGCCAGGGUGCCAGGCUGGGAAAGGGAGCAGGUGUGCAAAGUUCCUCAGGCCUUACAGAGCCUGGCGAAGAGAGGAAGCCUCGUCUGCGCGCCGUUCUUUUGGGACAGCUACCUGUGUCCCCGGCCUAUAAUUACGUGGGAAGCUGAAUUGGGGAGGGGGGUCUAUCCUGGGGGCUUCCCCCCACAUCUGAAGCCGGAGAAGCGGGAAAGGGGAUUUCCCAAACCUGGCUAGUGGCGACCUGUAGGCUUGGGAGGGUGCCAAGGCCGUCGUUCGCGGUCUUGGCAAAGGGCUUCCUGUAUGGAGGCCGUAGGGAUCGCGCGCCCCAGUUCCAGCUCGAUGCCAGCGCCACCUGGGAGCAGGUAAAGGUGUGCUCCCCUCCGCCACAGCGGCCUCCACCCUCUCGCUCAUUCCCUCCCCCCUCACCGGGUCCGAUCCCCGAGUCUUGAGAGCGGAUCGAUGCCUCGAUCUCUCCGGGGAGGAUCCUGCUGCAGCCUCCAAUGUCUUUAGCAGGUGAGCGGCAGAGGAAAACACCUGAGCAGCCCUUGCGAAGCUUGCGCCGCAGCACCGGGCACAGGAACCCCUUCAGCAGGGCUGGCCGGCCGCUCCCCGGAAAAGCAGGCGCUGCUUGUGGGCUGCGCUGCUUCGCUCUUUCCGCGCUGCCAGGCUGCUUAAUACUUUGCAUGGGACUUUCCGUUUCUCGAGGGUUGUGGGGUGCAGAACGGGAGAGACAAUCAAUGGCACAGGCAAGGGGCAGUUUUUGUUGACCGCUGAGCUCUGAAUUCUGCUCACGCACGGCAACCGGUGGGCAGAGCCUUCUCCGGCACGGCACCCUCCCAAUGCACCGAAAAGCCCAUCAGUCCCAGCCACUGGGCAUGAUGGGCUUUGCAGUCCAACACCUUUGAAGGGCCGCUUCCAAGGUGGGGCCUGUGAAAGUCCCGUAAAUGUGCAACGUUAUUCUAUAGCGUUUCUGAGGUCUUCCCCUUAAGGUCUGGACGGGAUUAGAUCGGCAAAACCUUUGACCCCCUGCCUUUUCACAUCUGGUGCCAGCAUGAAGGUCUCUUCUGGAAGCAGAAUCAGUGCCUUUGAGCUCAUUUCUGUGGGGGUCUUUUUGGGGGUGGGGGAGACAACGCUCUCCUUCCUGCCCCCUCUUCAAUCGAUCCCCAGGCUCUUGGAGUUUAGCUACAGCCAGGCGUUCGGAGCCGUUCUCUGGUCAGCUCUUGCGGGUGCACAGCUCAUUUUCCAGGUGCCUGAGCCUCCAAAUCAAAACUGGGAUCUCACCCCACCCUGGGGGGGGGCACUUGGCCCCCCACCCUCCUCCGCUUCAGCAACGUACCACUGCUGAAAAAAGGGCAUUUUCUUCCGCGUCUGCCGCUUCCUCACCCCUCUGCCCUGGAAAAAGCUGUCUUUCUCUGGCAGGUUUCCUAUUUCCCUCGCCCCCUGUUUGGCAUGACAGGCGCCAAAAGCGUACAUGUAUUUUGUAUUUCGGCAGCUCUUCCUUUCCUCCCCCCAUUUUUACCCUCCCAAUUUUGUUCGGUGGCCGUGCCGUGUACCUUGUUUACGUGAAUGGGGGGAGAGCACUGAUUCCUUGCUGCCCGCGGGUGCGCGUGCCGAUAAGUAGGUAUCCUAUUCUCGAGAGCGUUCCUUCUGCUGUGUUCAGCAAUGACCCCCCCACACACACACACACACACAGAAGUUCUGUGGGGACAAGCAGCUCUCCAAAACCCCAUUGUUUCCCCAAACGGCCCAACUCACAAUUUGGCUUCCCAAUGUAUUAAAAAAAAAACAACAGCAGGAUUUCUGUCCAUCCGGUCCUGCUUGGAGAUGUCUUGUGUUAUAUUUGGCUUGGGGAGCUGACCUGGGGACCCCUAAUUGAGUCCCCUUUCCCCAGUGGCAGGGGGGCUGCUGUUUCGGCGUGUUUUUUCAGGGCACAGCUGGGGAGGAGGGAAAAGGGAUCCGCGCGCUGAAACGGCAUCCUGAGAAAUAACGGAGAGGGAUGCACCUUUCCGCCAUUCCCUCCUGCCUUAACCUGCCUCUAGACCCCAGUGGAGGUGGGCGGGAAGCCCUGCGGACGCUGGGUGCCCCGUCCACGCAGAACCUGCCUUUCGGGGGGUCUUGGUGGCGCCUCGUGUCUGGAUACAUGCAGGCUGGAAAAAUCGGCGCUCUGGCUGUCUGGAUCGUCCGCAUUUGGCACUGGCCCGGGCCCGGGUGCCUUCUCAGAUCCUUGGGGUGCGGGGGGGGGGGGGUCUUGCCCGCCCCGGAUCCUGAGUUUUGCUGUGGCAUUGGCAAAAGUGUCUCGGCCAAGCGCCGUUCCCAGCGGGUUUGGGCUGCGAGUCUUGAAGGGUGGGAGAGCGCCGCCUUUCCUUCCCGCCAGGCCGCUCGCCUUCCCAACAGCGGCUUGUACCAUAGACUCUGCCCAGCUUGAUUAUCUGCUGUUUUUAAAUGUGAAACUCCCCCACCGCACAGGUGCUGAUUCAAUGUUCUUGUUAUGGAAUAAAUUUUUAUUUUGAGAA